UUGCAUCAUCUGAUCGUGCAGCCCACAUAUCCAGUCUUGCUGUGGAUCCCGUCUUCCAGCAAGAACGUCAUACUGUAUCCUGACCGGCCGUCCCGCCGAACGGCAAGCCAUCUGAAACCCCCCCCCAAGCGACAAGUUCCCGCUCGCCCGAUAUCAACUCGCGAGCCAGCCGACACCGGGUUUUGCGAUCUGCACCCACAAGUCCUCUGAUGGUCCCUGACGGGUUUCCUGGAUCUUCCCGGGCUUCCCGGGCAUGCGACGCAUGUCGCAUCAAACGCAUCAAAUGCUCUGACCAACGACCCUGCCUGGCGUGUGCAAAGGCCAACCGAGAGUGCACAUUCGAUAUCCCCGUUCGCCGCAGAGGCCCUCGUAUGUACGAAGACAAGAUACCGCUCGACCCCCUCGAUUCGCUGCUUCUGGCGACGAAUGCCGGAUCCGAGCCCAUGUCAGCGCCGGCGUUGCACACCGUCAGCCCAGUGCAAUGUCCGCUGCCACACUCGAUCCAAGAGAGCCCACCGGGCUACGAUCCAAUGGCACAGAGAAUCUGGUGGCGAUCCGACCCAGAGCCGGUCCCGGGUGCCCUGGCGGGUCCAACGGCCGUUGGGAUCCUUCCUAUAUCCGAGCUAUACUCCCGGAACGCUGCAGGUGUCGUCGAGCUCGACGACGAUGCAGACGCUCGCAUUGCCGAUCAUAUGGUUCUUCGCAGCGAAUCGCUCCCGUUUCCAGAUGCAGUAACAUCCGGGCUGCUGGAGUCGUUUUUCAAGUGGCUCGGCCCAACCUCGGCCAUGUUCCAUAUGCCCGAGUUUUUUGAAGAGUACCACAAGCCUUUCCACUCGGAGACCUUUAGCCUUCUCAUCUGGACCGUGUGCAUCAUGUCUCUCUUCAGCGGCCAGAGCAUGGCUGGCUUCGGGAUCCAGAACCCCAACCAAGAACGAAUCCGUCUGCAGACCCACUGCAUGAAGGAGAUAAUUCGAUUGAGUGGCCCUCCAGACCUAUAUCUUCUGCAAGCGCUUAUUCUGUGGGCUGUGAUCAGCACCGAGCGAGCGGAUGUGGUCGUUUACCGGCCCGGAUAUUUCAUCGAUCUGGCCAUGCCAAUAGCCUUGCGAUUAUCACUUCAUCUCAACGUCGAUGACCUCCGCGAUCCGCCCGUUGACGAAGCCCACAAGACGUCGCACCGAUCGACCUUUCUGAUGCUCUAUGUCAUGGACCGGUUCGAUGCUAUGAUGGCGGGUAGAGUGGUUCGAAUUCAUGAUCAAAUGUGGGAUCCAUCUCUGCUGGACCACGACUCUCCCGACCAAAGCUACCAAGGUCUCCACCAUAUCUUUCGGCUCAGUCAGAUCGGCACUCCUGUCAUCGAUCUGCUCAAUGGACCAAGCUCCAGACGGACUUUUAAGAACAAGCGGCAGGCUGGCUUGACAUGCCUUGCCCAGCUCAACCAGUGGUGGAGCACCCUCCCAUACUCCUAUCGAUAUCCAAAUGCCUCUCAUAUUUCUCGCCAGUUCAUCCUGAUCCGAUACCACAGCCUUCGCAUCUUUUCCAACCGACUUGUGUAUCCUCGAUUUCCGCCCGCCACGAUCGAAAGUGCCCGCGCCAUCAGCGGCUUUGUGCGAAUGAUGCCGCAAUUUCAGGUCAUCCAGCUCACCUUCCAGCAGUCCGUGACAUCUUACUUUGCUCUGUGCGCCGCCAUGGUCUUUCUCGACAUCAUCGUGGAGCCUCUGGCGACAUCCUCGCUCAACCUUGACCCUGCCUUCAUUGUCGGCGAGCUCAACGAGCUGCUGAUAUGCUUGGAUCGCCUUCGCAGCUCCUCCGUACUGUUGAUCAAGAACAUAAUCAACAAGGCCAUGCAAGAGCGCGACGUUUUCCAGCGAACGAUCGCCUCGAACAUCAGCGCCGGCACCGGGGAACUCUCGCUGCUGUUACUUGAGGAGUCUGAUCGGCAGUCGUCCGGGGGCUCCAGCCCCAGCUGUGGAGGAGGCACGGCCCCAACUGUAUACUAGUAUACUUGCGGCUAAUAGAUCGAAUACGACUGUUAAUUUGGAGUGAUGGUGAUGAGAUACUCUGCAAUUGCUCUGCCGCUGGCUUUUACAGCGCUUCCGAAAUGAAAUGGGACACCCAGUUCCGAGCCGGGACUGAUGUUAUUUGCUGAGAACUGAAUAUACGCACCCACCAAUCGCUCCCAUGGCCAAACGGUGUGCUCUGAGUGACUGGAAGCCAAGCGACUCGAGAAAGCCCGCUAUCUUGAUACCAAGAACCCAUGGAGCUGCCCAGAGGGCCGAGUGAAAGCAUCACACUCCCACAUCGAGUG